CAGACCUGCACCUGUAUGCGGUGCGUCUGUCCCGUUUGGAAAAAGUUGGCAGCGCAAUGGUUACGCUGCGUGCGUCCCAAGGGCAAAAGGAAAUGAGGAAACCGAUCACAACAACAAAUGAAGACUGCUACCUUUCCAGACCUGCCCGUGUCUGUGAGCGGACUGAUCUGCUGCUCUGCUGUAGCUGCACUGCCUUGUCAGCGGACGACGAUAUUCUGGGUUUAUUUAUAAGGGGAUAAAAAAAAAUAAAUAAAUAAAUAAAACGGGAGAUGCGCCUGGAGGGGAAACGUCACAUUUUCAGAGGGAGCGACAGUGUGGAGAGACUGUGACCGAGCCGGGGAGAGGAAUAUGCGGCACUGUCCCUCUGCACGUCGGGAGAAAACGUCGGAUCGUUUACGGGAUGAACGUCCUACAGCUGGAUGGUGUGAUUUUUUGCAGCCACGCAGGAGGAUUUUAUGAUCGCACCACGUUUCAGCGGGAAUCUGAGUGAUCACGCCACCCCGGACCCCCCAGACCGGUGCGUCUGGAUCAGAACCAACACACUGACGGUACCCAAAAUAAAUACAAGGAGGCAUCACUUUAAAGUUCAGACAAGUUUCAAGGGGGAAAAAAAGGCCACGAUUUGUGGGCUGUGUUGCCACGGAUAGACAUUAAAUAAUAUAAGAAAGGCACCUUUUGUCUUCAGGGAGGGUUAUUUUAAGCUUUCUCCAGUGCCUCACUAAUUAAAAGAAUAUAACUAUCACAUCGAGUUUAGGCUGGGCACCGACUCCUGGUGUAGUUUAGGCUAUAAUAUAAGCACAAAUGCAACAAAAUAAAGUUUUUAUGCCUACAAUGAGGAUGCCACCCUGGGAGUCGUUGCAGGGAAGGGAGACUGGAGAAUGAAAGCGGGAUUUCUGCGUCUCUAAUCGGACACAGGAGCAAAGAAGGAAGGACAAGCGAACCUUCUUUUUCUUUUCCUUUUUUUUUUUUUUUUUUGGAUUGGUCCAAAAAAUAUUUUUUUGCGUGCCCCUUGGACUCCUGCACAAUGGGGAUUAUGCUUCAAGUUAUUCUAGGAAUGUUUCAAUUCCUGCUGCUCACCAGAAUACCGACGUCCCACGCCAAGCUUGCUCACUGGCGGCCAGCAGACUCCCCCAAAUCCAGGGAAGGCCGAGAAGUGCGACGGUGGUUGGAGGUUUAUUCUCGGAGCGGCUGUGAGCCCCGGGACACGCUGGUGGAGGUGUGGCGGGAGUUGCCAGGGGAGAUCCACCAUCUCUUCGUCCCGUCCUGCGUGUCCUUGAGGCGAUGUGGCGGCUGCUGCGCUGACGAGGCCUUGGAGUGUGUGCCCUCGCUCACGCACACACUCACCAUGGAGCUGAUGAGAACGUCCUUCAUGAAACAUGAGCUCAUUGAGCUGCCCUUCGUUGAGCACAGCCAGUGUGAGUGCAGGUUAAAAGAACAAUUCCAGCCAACGCCUACCGCAAGAUCCCAUCCGAAGCGAGCAAGAAAAGACAAGAAAAAGGAAAGGGGAAAGUCCAAACAGAAGGCUGCUGGAGCCAUCAGAGCUGCCCAUGCUCUCCCUACUCUUCCGGCUACGUCCUCUCCUUCUCCAUCACCCCCUACCACCAGUUUCUCUCCAACUCCCUCUCCGAUGCCUCGUUGCCGCCCCUGCAGAGGGAGGAAGUGGGCCCUGGAUGCGACGUUGUGUCAGUGCCGCUGCACCAUCAGAGAUGAGAACUGCAGCCGGAAAGGCCUGAAGCUCAACCCUCGGCGAUGCAAGUGUGACGCCCUGAGGACCUGAUAUAUCCGCCCACUUUCUUUUCACCACCUUCUCUCCACCAAAUCCCUGUCGAUUCAUCGCCCACUCUCAGCAUCAGUGCCAUGGACCAUACAGACGCUUGGACAUCCAGUAGCUCAAACUGACGGAAAUAUUAAUGGAAGCACAUACACACAAACCUGUAGUAGAGCUCUAGUAAAGCAACAAGUGCAUCAUUACAGUUUAAAUGUACUGUAGAUCUAAGUGUGUUGUUCCAGCUGCUUGCUUUAGUGACAAAGCUUCUGGCAGUCCACAUGUACGUGCGUGUACAGACAUGUAGCAUCACAAAACACAUCCAGUGAGUGGAGGAUGAAAGUGGCAGAAAAAUGGCAACUUUGAGAGACGUGGGAAUAACCAGACACAAUCUUUCUCGUGUACACAAGCCCACACGUGAAUGUACUUUGCUGUGGUUUUGGAGAUUGGACUUUAAGACGUUCCUAUAUAAGACAACAGUGGAAAUAAAAGUGAUCGUACUCUACAAGAACAAUGCGGAUGAAGAGGACCAGUCUGACAAAGGUGUCCUACGUGUUAACCCUUCAGUGGAAGUUGUGAUUAUUGGCUCACAAGGAAACUGCGCAUGGGGACGGAUUUCAGGGUUAAGUCAAGGCCAGUGUUUGAGCAGAGGAUUUACACAGCAGAUUAUUGGUGGACACAUGCAUACUGAGACAUACCAGAAGGACAUAGGACAUGCACAUGAACUGGCACCCCAGUGUGUGUGGACCUAUAGUAUAUCUGUGUGGUCUCCCCACUGAAAGACCCAGAUGGGUUAUCCCUGCAGCCGUUCUCUCUUAUUCAAAGCGUAUGACCACAGGCUGGCUCUCCAAGCCGCUUUCCGGCAUUUGUUUAAUUUGGGCCUUUUGUCUCCAGCUUUCCUCGGUUCGUCGAUUGAAAGGAGCCGCUUUGCCUCUCUUUGCCACUCUUUGAGGCAGUGAGGAGAAUGACAAUAAUGAGGCCUGGCGGCUGUCCACUGCUUCACACACAUUCACACUUAUAAUACCAGGAACACAGACGACACAACAAAUGCACACACACACACACACACACACUCUGCUGCAGCACACAUACGUCCAUAUUUUCACAGACAUGCCAUGUGAAAUGAAUGCAGGUAGCCAUAAGCUUUUGUGUGUGUUGCACCGAGUGUGCAAAUAUAUGCCAGUUGUUUAUUUGCAAUUUACUGCAAAGUCUUCGUUGAGUAUUGUAUUACAUGCCUCUGUUUUAUAUUUUUAUUAUAAUUCUGUCACGUUGAUUGGAAAGAUAUUCUAUAUUGCAGAAUGUGUCUUUGUUUUGUUUUUGUUCAUCUUUAAUCCGUCUGCAUAAAGAGUCACGCUGGGUGGCCAGUUCAACCCAUACCCAAAUGUGUUGAAUUUAAACAGAGACGGCUCACACGGGCCACAAAUGGGAGACGCUAUACAUUAUAAUGUGUAAUUCAAACAAUCAGUGGGGUUGUGUUGUCGGCAGCACACAGAACCCAAGCAAAUAGCCGUCCCCAGUGCAGUGAAAGGAAAACACGGCUGUUGUUGUUGCAUGUUAGAGCCGGGAUGGGAAGAGUAUUAUUCAUUUGGAACAUAACUUGUUUAUAUUCUGACUGAAUCUCACGGUUUAACUCCAUGUUGGUUCAUGACUGCUUGGCUGCUGGGUGGGAACAGGGAUUUGAACUGUGACUGUUUCAGAAAGGAUGAGGUCCUGAGCAGCUUGUCAGUCAGUGUGACGAGCUGAAGCCAGAGCUCAGGGGACCUAAAGUAGCAGUUUGUGGUGUUGAAACCCAUUUUCAUCACCCGUUCAGAGCCUGUGUGCUGUGCUAAAUUUUACUGAGAACAUUUUCCCAAUGACGUCUAUGCUCCCUAAGAAACAGUAUCUUUGAAACUCCAUGAUUCAUAUCCACGUUCUCCCCCAGGAUUCAUAUGAUCCUGCAGAUUGAAGAAUAGUCACCCAGAAACAGCAUGCGGUUCACAGUCUGAAUUAUUUAUGUCAGCCUUGAAGCAACAGAGCUUUGUUUCAGUGGUUGCUCUGAUAAGCUUUGUAUUUAUACUACCCUGAGAUGAGAUUAUUUUUUUCCGUGCUCGAGUUCAUUGUUCAGUGCUUAUUACUGUCAAUCAAUGCUUCAAUCACUACCUCUACAUCUUAACAUAUUAAUGACCAAGUAUUACAGCAUUAUUGUUACUUUCUCUGUGUUAUUUCAGACCUCUUUUAAGAGAUGAAUAAAUGAUACGUUUAGCAAUAAGCACAGUCUCGGGUGCAGAGACUUGGAGCUGCAGCAGAUUUGUAGUGAAAAUCACUGGUUUAGUGAAAGCUAUAGGAGUUUUCUGAAGGGAAGAAUUGUUCAUGAGAGGAGAGUUGAACUGGUCCUCUUGAGUACAGACCAGACACUGUGUGAUAAUGUGGAGCAGGAGAGGGGUUUCCAAAGCUUUUGUACUUUCAAUGACUGGUGACCAUUCUUGACCCUAUAUAAAUAGUGUGACAUUUUGGAAAAUAAACUUCAAAGUUAGAUGAUAAAACCAAUACAGCUGUAAAUAUGUAGUAAAUACAUGUAUGAAGCUGGAGCAAGUAGUCAUUUAGCUUAGCUUAGCAUAAAGACUGAAAACAAGGGGGAACAACUUGCAUGGCUCUGUCCAGAAUGAGCAAGCUCUGUGCAGCAGCACUUCAUUCUCUGAAUUUAAGACAUCUGUCCAUCAUCCAUUUUCUUCCACUUGUUUAUACUCAGAUUGUGAUGGAAGCAGGUGAAACAGGGAAUUCCAAAUGUAGCUGUCUCUAGCAAUGUUUUUCAACCCCUGCUAAGGGAUCCAGAGGGGUUCCCUAACCCUAUGAGAUAUUUAAUCUCUCUAGCAAGAUCUUGGUCUCCUCCCAGUUGGAAAUGUCUGGAACACCUCUAAAGGACGAUGCCCAGAAAGUAUCUUAAUCAGAUGCCUUCAGUUGGUUUCUUUUGAUGCAAUCAAGCAGUGUCUAUACUCUGGUCUCUCUCUAAAUGUCCUUAAAGGUGCUGUUAGGCAGCUGUUUACUCUUGUUUCCAAUCUUUAUGCAAAGCUGAACUAUCAAGUGGAUGUAUUUACUGAACAGACAUGGAAGUGGUAUGAAUCUUUCAAUUAAUUCUGGAAAAGAGAGCAGCGUACUUCCCAAUUUUUUAAACUAUUCCUUUAACUUUUUUUUUCUACUUACUUGCAGCUAUUUCUGUUCAUGCAUUCCUAAUUCACACAAACUGAUACAGUUUCCUUUAAUAAUGGGGAACAAAUGCAUUUUGUAAAGAAGCAAACAAAUGUUUUGGGAAACCCAAGAGUGAAACCUGAAUCUCAGUACAGAUUGUACUUGUGUUUGAGAUUACAAAGCACACAAUGUAGAUUAGUCCGCUGGAAGGAAAAAAAAAACGUACCGUGAGGAAGCUGAAGAAGUUAACGGACUCCACUCAUACAGACUUAUGUGACAUAUCAAUGACAUUCCACCUAAAACAGUAGUGGUGCUGAGACCACCUUCUGGGUGCCUCUCGCUUCAUCUGUUAUGUCUUGUGACCAAAUUUUCUUGUAAUAAAGGACUAAUUCUGAUCAAUGAAAGCACCAACAGCUAGUUCUGCCAAGAUGCAUUAUUGUCUGGUGACACCUCCAGUCAUUUCAACAUCACACGCUUGGACAUAUUAAUACUCUAUUCAAAUUCCAGAUCUCGUGUGAGCAUCAAACAGCAGAGUGCUUUGUUUCUGCAUAGUCUACAUUGUGCUUUUAAGGUAGCCCUGUUCUAGCCUCCAGUGUCUUAGUAGCCUAUAGAUACCCCUUACUAAACUAUAUAACAUUUUAUAAUCUCUAGUAUCCUGCCAUGACCUUGUGUAUGACAUAGUGCAUACUUUAGAAAUGUAUUUGUAACUUCACUUUAGCUGUACCUUGCAAUGAAUCUCUUCUCUGCAAAUACAUUGUACUACUGUAGCCUAUGUAUAGAGAAAAACUACACUCUUUUUUUGCUGCUACACCAUUUGUGCCCUUUUAUGAUGUCUUUGUAGAAAACAAUGCAGUUUUAUGUUGUAUUAGUAUAUAAAUGCCAAUUAAUCAAUUCAAUGUCCACAUUAAAGUGUAUACUGCAUCGUCAACUAUAUUCAAAAUGAUACCAGGAUACAACCGUGAUGUUACAGAUGUUAUUAAAGGAAAUGUCUUAUUUUUCAUAUAAA